AUGAUAUCAGUAGCAUUUCAUGGAACAAGCGCAUAUCUUAUAGACAAAAGUCUUAUACCAAUAGUUUUGUUAUGGUUAGACCCAGUUGUUGGAUAUAACUUCAUAACAUAUGGUUCAUUCGACUCAGAACGUUGCAGUGAAGGCUUACUUUACAUCGUUCAGAAACCGAAGGACUUCAAUACAAAGAGAUAUAAGAUAGGAAGAACAUAUAAUAUAAGUAGUAGAUAUGACAGUACAGUCAAUAGAGUCAAGGUUGUGUUCGUUAAUGAUAUGAGAGCCGCAGAAACAGAACUACUCGAAAAGUUUGAGAAAAUGUAUGGUGCUCCCAUAAAAGGUAAAGAAACGUUUGAAGUAGAUGAGAUAGAUAAAGCUAUAAAAUUAUUUGACGAAGUUGCUGAAAAAUACAUGUAA